GUUUAGCCCAUGUUCGCCAACAUUGCUUGCUUCGGGCUCUGAGGACGGGCUGAUCUUAGUGUGGGAUAUAGCGAACAUUGUUCGCCAACAUGUCUGCUCCAUCAGUCCCCACAUAUCAGCAUAUUUCUAGUCCCUCGCUCACCAUUUCUUCUCUAUCGUGGAGCAAGUUUUUACCAAACCUGAUUGUCUACACAUCAUCCGGUGGAACUACUUCGAUUGUCGAUUUGAGCUCGAAAGCUUCUACUGUCAGUCGCUGUGAGUGCAUGAGGCGCUGUUCGUCCGUGGAGUUCAGUCCAGUUAAUGAAAACGUGUUGCUUGUGGCCUGUGAUGAUGCUUUUGAGUCAAGCUCUUUGAUGGAAUUUGAUCUAAGGAAAAUGGAAGAACCACUCAUGAAAUUUUGUGAACAUUCAGAAGGUGUCAUCGCCAUGUCCUGGAGUCGAUGGAAUGACUUAGUCGUCACUACGAACAACCAUAAGGUGAUUGUUUGGGAUAUGUAUGAGAGACUGGUGAUUUCUGAGAAGAACUCCCAGAGUCGACUAUUUGAUGUGCAAUGGAACAAGACAUCGGAAGACACUUUCUUCUCUGAGGGGACCUCGGCAAGGUCAUUUGUAGCCGCAUCAGAUGGGCAGUUACAUCUGUACGAGGUUGAUUUCCCGCUUAUUACCUGAGACUUUAGACUUUGCAUAAGCAAAAAUAGUUGUAGCUAGUUAGAGUCGGAGUUAUAACAUGAUACAUGUGGAUGA